AUGGGAGCCGGAAAAAGCCAUGUGAAUUCAGCGCAAUGCUCUAAGGCUGAUUUCAGAAAUGAAGAAACGCUAAAUACCAUUGUCAGGACGCAUAAUACCGGAAAGGGAAACAGCAGAGAUCACCGCAGGCAACAGAAGGGCGGCUGCAGUAAGAAUAAUAAUAAGGGUUUUACAUCCUUUGUAGCGCUCGUCGACUCCAAUAAUUGCAACAACUUAGUCGAUGCCUUGAUACCCGGGCAGCAAAUGGAAGAAAUCACGAGGGCAGAAGAAAUGUCAGAACACUAUCGAAAAUUCAAUGGUAAUGGAAAAAGUCGAAGGACCUGCUGUAUUUGCAACUGUAAUUGUUCAAGGAACAAAAAAAUGGAUUAUCAAACGGAACAGCGGAAUGGUUUGCAGAGCAUAAGUAAGCCGAUUGAAGAGUGUAAUAAGCGACGUUUGGCGCAACUGAGCGAAGCCGAACAAAUAGCAUAUGCAAUAAGAGAAUAUUGUUGUAGAGCGCGUGAGAAAGCGGAAAGAUCGAAAGCUCGGAACAAAUGCAGAUGUUGCAGGUGUAGCGGAGAAUUCAAAAAUAACUGGCGGCAGCAAAGCAUGGAGACGGACGACGAUGACGAAGAUACAGACACAGAACCAGAUAUCGAAAUCGAAGUGGAAAAUUAUUGUUGCAGCGCUGAAGAAAGAAGAGUUCACGCGAGGAGAGGGAAAUGUUGCAAACGCUCUGCAGAUAUGAAACGGCGAGGGCGAAAGCGAAGGGAGGAAGACGAACUCGAAGAGGAAUAUUCGGAAGAAGAACAGGCAGUGGAGAAACAAGAUACGGCGGAAGAGGAGAGUAACAAGAGACAACAUAAUGAAGAAGAAGAACCAUGUUCACAAAGUAGAUACACUCAGCAGCAUGCAAAACAUUGCAGAUGCUAUGAUUUUAAGAAAACACAUAGUACCACAGAUCAGUCGGAUGAAAACGAAGACAAGCUGGACACCUCGGUAGAGGAUAUAGAGUUAGAAGUGCAAGAAGAGCGGUACGAAAAAAUCGAGAAAAUAUCAGCAUUAGCGCCGCAAAGCCGGCGCCAACUCCAGAAAAAUGAGGGGCAAAGGCCAAGAAGUCUCACACAAGAACGAUCUCAACAUCUGAGAGAGAGUAGCCGUACAAAAGAAAGUGAACAAAAGCCAUUUAAGCAGGAAAAUAAAGUGCUGUUGAAAAAGACAAACCUUUACGCACGGCCAAAGCAAACAGACAAGGAGGUGCAGACGAGGCAAAAACCAAAAGCAAAUGAACUCCAAGAGACUAGCUAUCCCAUCGAAGGGCAGCAUACAACACAACAAAGACCUAAAUGCAGAGCGCAGCCACGCAGACUACCGCCACCCACAGCAUCGUUUACGCAAUCAGAAGCAUCCUCAAUAGAUAAUCCAAGCCGAAUUACAUGUUCACGUCGCACCACGCAGCCGGCAUCUUCUACAGAUUGCUGUUACUCUGAUGAUGCGGAAAGUGAUGGUACAUACGAGGAAGAUGCGCCGUCAAAUGUCAAUGAGGAUCGCAGUGGUGGUGGCGUUAAGACUGUAAUAUGUUUGACAUUCAAGCCACCACAAACGCAAUCGCCACCACCAUCGUCUCCACCACCACCACUGCGAAAAAAUCGUUAG